AUGCAGACAGGUCAAGGCAUGAAGAAUCUCAACCAAGGUGUCGCGGAGUGUGCUGCGCGGCGUGGUGUUUCAAUGUCGGGGGCUAAUUCUACAGGCAUGCAACAAACAAUAACUGGAUCUGUUUCAAAAUAUACAGCGGAGGCUCAUCAUGCCUUGAUAGCAUUGCGCUGUGUGGUCAAUAAAUGCCUGUUCCACUCCGUCGCCAAUCCUCUUUACAUUGAAGAGGUCAAACUCUUGCGCCCCGAUGUUCAGGUCCCAUCUCCACGUACAGUAUCAUGUGACAUCAACACCAUCUACUGUGAGGCAUCUAAAAACGACAAAAUUUACUUUUCAGUGAGAUUUAUUGCAAAGACUGUACUGUUGCGGCUGAUUAUCGUUGCAGGAACAUGUCGGCUCAAUUCACCUUGUCAUCGACGGGUGGUUAGCACCUUUUGCUUACUCGUACCUUGGGAUUGUCGUUGUCUGGUAUGA